GUUUCAGUCGUCCGCCUCGACCGUAGCCCUGGCUAUUGCCAUGGCCAUGGCUAUUGUCCUCGCCAUGGCGCCUGCUCUAGCAGCUGCUGACCGUGGCUACCCGUUUGGCUCUGAGACGACCGGCCUCCCGCCGUCGGUCAAGAUCCUGACCUGGCCGCUGGCGGUAGACGAUCUGCCGCUGGCCAACGCAUCUGCGCCGUGGGCAGACAAUCCGCGGGCAUGGUGGGCGCCCGAGCUGGCCGAUGUGCUGAGUGAAGACGAUGCGGAGUUUGCUCAUCAUCCGCUUUGCGCGCCCUGGCCCGGAGGCGCACGACCCGACGCUGCCGCCAUUGCUACCAAGCUCUCCGAUCUCGUCCUCGCCCUGGCAGAGCCAAUCAUCGUCCGCGGGCACCCGCUUAUGGAGGCCGAUUGGUCAGCGCCGCGCGAGUGGAGUCCUGAGACCAUCGCCCGCCUCAUUCCGGAGCUGCCGCAGGUUUACGACAAGGCGGACUCGUCCGUCUUCCUCUACCGCAACGGCGACAAGCCGCUGCUCGGCUCGCCGCACUGGCGUACCUCGAUCGCCACUGUGCAAAACUUUCUCUUUCCCGCCGCCGAGCUGGUGGCCCAGAUGCGCGCCGAAGAGGCCGGCAGCCCGCUUCCGGGCGCGCCGCACCGCUUCUUCUCCGGCCCGCUCCAGCUUGACCCGGACGUGGCCUUUGCCGGCGGCUCGCUCGACUCGGCCACCGUCACCUAUGUCAAGGGCCUUAUUGACGCCAUUACCCCAUACUAUGACGUCCUCGGCUCGGCACCGGUCUCGCCGGGCCUUUGCGAGGGCGACCGCGAGAUCUCGGCUAACCUCUGGAUGGGCACCGCCAACGUGACCUCGCACGGCCACUACGACGGCUCAACCAACAUCUACGCCCAGAUGUACGGCCGCAAGACCUUUUACCUUGCUCCGCCCACCGCCGACUUUCCACUCUUCCCGCGCCUUCACGAGUCGUAUCGCUCCAUCUCCGACGAGGAGCUGCCGGCCUCGGCCUUUACCUUCCGCGCCCCGCUCGAACCGGGCGAUCUGCUCCUCAUGCCGGCGUACUGGUUCCACCACGUCGUCGCCGACACUCCGUCAAUCUCGGUCAACUUUUGGUGCAACUCAUGGGCCAUGCAGCUGAUGUGGAUCUCCCGCCGAUUACCACUCCCGCUCGAGAUGGAGUGGCUCGAUUCGGUCGAGGCCCGCGUCGUUCUUGCCUCGCUCUACUCGGCCAUUCACGCCGGCCUCUACACCGGUGACCCUGCAUCCGCUGCCUCGCUCCUUGCCUCGCUCUACCCCUCCCGCUACGCCGCGCUUUUUGACUCUUCGCCCAAGCACGCCGGCGUCAAGCGCGUGUGCAGCGAGGCUUCAUCAACAACCGCCGCCAUGCUCGCCGCCCCGGGGAUCGAGCGGCUCAUCGAGCUCGCCGUCCUCCCCACAGACCUCGACGCGCGCCACGAGCUAGAGUCUCUCUUUGCCGCCUGGGUCGACGCCGCGCUGGCGCCGCUUGGUCUCACCCGCCCGCGAGACCUCACCUACGCCAAGUGGCACCCGCGCCUCAUCCAGACUGCCGCUAUCGCUCGCCACAUCCUCCACGGCCCGCGCACAACCGCCGGCCGUGCUCACGAGAUCUUUUACUAUCCUGACCCGGAAACGUCGGAAAUCGAGUACCUGGCCAAAGACGACAUCCUCCGCGCGCUGCCGCCCGCGUCUGCCGCCUCGCCGGCUGCUCGCGCCAUCGCCGACCGUGACGUCCUCAACUCGAUCGAGGAGAUUGCCUACGCCAUCGUCGUCCCCGACGCCGACCCGCACGUCCUCGGCCGCACCGUGCCCUCGUUCUUUGGAAGCCUGCCCGUGGCGUCGACCAAGCCGCUGCCAGGGACCGAGGCCGAGGCUGGGUCGGGAGCUGUUCGUGUGGAGACGGACUCGCUGGGAGAGGUCAAAGUGCCGUCGUGGGCAUACUGGGGCGCACAGACUCAGCGGUCGCUGGGCAACUUUGACAUCGAUCUUCCGCGCCAUGCCAUGCCGUUUGAGCUUGUUCAGGGCCUGGCAUUUGUGAAGAAGGCUGCCGCGAGGGUUCACGCCCGCCACGGCAGGCUGAGCGAGGAGGUGGGCAAGGCCAUCGAGGCUGCUGCUGACGAGAUCAUCGAUGGCACGCUCGCCGACCACUUUCCGCUGGCCAUCUUCCAGACGGGCUCUGGCACUCAGUCGAACAUGAACGUCAACGAGGUCAUCUCCAAUCGCGCCAUCGAGAUCCUCGGCGGCGAGCGCGGCUCCAAGACGCCGGUCCACCCCAACGACCACGUCAACAAGGCGCAGUCGUCCAACGACUCGUUCCCCACCGCCAUGCACGUUGCUGCCGCCCGCGCCCUCGACGCAAAGCUCCUGCCGGCUCUCGAGAAGCUAGCUGCCGAGCUCGAGGCCAAGGCCGAGGCCUGGAGCAACAUUGUCAAGAUCGGGCGGACCCACACCAUGGAUGCCACGCCUCUGACACUGGGGCAGGAGUUUUCGGGCUACGCCGUCCAGGUCCGCAACGCGAUUGCCCGAGUCACCGUCGCCAUGCACCCGCGGCUGAUGUACCUGGCGCAGGGCGGGACGGCGGUCGGAACCGGGCUCAACACCACCGAGGGCUUUGACGUCGAAGUUGCUGCCGAGAUUGCCGAGCUCACGGGGCUCCCGUUCCAGACCGCGCCGAACAAGUUCGAGGCUCUUGCCGCCCACGACGCCAUGGUUGAGGUCUCGGGUGCGCUCAACACGCUUGCCGUCUCGGCCAUGAAGAUCGGCAACGACAUCCGGUUCCUUGGCUCGGGCCCGCGGUGCGGCAUUGCCGAGCUCGUCAUCCCCAACAACGAGCCGGGCUCGUCUGUCAUGCCGGCCAAGGCCAACCCGACCCAGUGCGAGGCGCUGACCAUGGUGGCCGCCCAGGUGAUGGGCAAUCAUGUGGCGGUGACUGUCGGUGGCUCCAACGGCCACUUUGAGCUCAACGUCUUCAAGCCGCUCAUCGGUGCCAACGUGCUCUCGUCCAUCUGCCUCCUCGCCGACGUCAUCCGCUCGUUCACCGACAAGUGCCUCGUCGGUAUUGAGCCGAACCACGAGCGCCUCGCCCACAACGUCUCGCAGUCGCUGAUGCUUGUCACUGCUCUCAACAACCACAUUGGGUACGACAACGCCGGCAAGACGGCCAAGAAGGCUGCCGCCGACGGCAUCUCGCUUAAGGAAGCCGCCGUCGAGCUCGGCUACCUCACCGCCGACCAGUUUGACGCCUGGGUCAACCCGGUCCUGAUGACCAAGCCGACGCCGGCCGAGUAG